AACGAGAUGGGUGGAUGUCACAUGAUCACAUGAACUCAAAAUGGCGGCCGACUUAACUUUCGGGUCGGUCCCCCCGUUCUACAGAGAAAUUUAUGAAAUCGUGUGCCCCAAUCAAGAACAAGUUGAUCAGGACAUGUUUGUUGCAAUCCUUGUUAAAUCGAGUCUGCCGAGGUCAACUAUUAUCCAGAUAUGGGAAGCAGCUGAUAGCAAGCAAGGUUUUCUGUCCCGUAAUGGCCUCUACAAGGCCCUCGCUCUUACAGCAUUAGCUCAGCAAGGGAAGAAUAUCAAUGAAAAAUUGCUGGAAUCAUUUUCUGGGCAAGAGUUACCCAAGCCAACAUUAGGUGAUUUAUCAGACCUCAAAGCUGCCAGUGUUCGACUUAAAAGAGAAAAGUCUCCAAAUGUUUUAGGCUUUACAUACGCGGAACUCUCUGAAUUAGACACUGUGAAAGUAGAACUUUUGCCUGAGAAGAAAGGUCUUAUCUUGAAACAUGUGGAAUAUGAAGUUACUAGUCAGAAAUAUAGCUGCACGACACUGAGACGUUACAAUGACUUCCUUGCCUUCCAUGAACUGCUGUUGAUGCGGUUCCCGUACAGAUGUAUCCCCCGGCUGCCUCCAAAGAAAAUGAUGGGAGCGAACAGAGAAUUUAUAGAGCAUCGGUUGAAAUGCUUGCGGCGCUACUUGAACAUGAUAUCACACCAUCCUCAGAUGCAUGAUGACAAACUUGUGCAGUUUUUCCUCUCUUUCAGCGGUUCGGAUUGCCAACAGAAAAUCCGGGAAACUUUCCGAGGAAUUCCGGAUGAGUUUAUGACCAGCAAUCUUGCAAGUAGGGCUAAGGAUUUGGUUCCCAUGGAUACCCAGACACAACUUAGCAACAGCAAGGAACACAUCAAAAUGCUAUUCAACAGUCUGUCAAAGUUAAAAGACAUCUGCGAACGCAUGGUUUUGCGUGCCACAAGCUAUGCAAGUGAUAUGUUGCAGUUUGGAAAGGAACUGAGUUCCAUGAGUAACGACGCCACACCUGUCUCUUCCUGGUCCUGUGGUUCCAACGAGACGUGGCGCCACCUCAAAAAGGGAUUCAAGCACCUGUCAGUGGAGUAUGGGGCACUAGGGGACAAGGCCGCAAAGGAGGCCAAUGAUACAGAAGACCAGGUUGUGGAGAAGUUAUCACUGUUGCUAGACCUCAUACAAUCCUAUCGGGAUCUAUGUGAGCGUCAUGAGAAGGGUGUACUGCAGGACCAUCAACGGGCCGUACAGAAGAUGGGGCAGUACAAGAAGAAAAAGAUGUCAGCAACUGUACAGAGCGCAGAGGUGGGCACAGUAGAGCAGCUGGAACAGAAGAUCCUGGACCAGGAGAGUCAGAUAGCCAACAUGGAGAACCGUAACUACUACAGCCUGCACUGCCUGCAGAUGGAGACCCAGUUGAUACACGCCAACCUGGACAUCGUGUAUGAGGUACUGGAGGCAACUGCCACCGUACAGUCACAGUCACACUCCGAGCUGGGCAAGGUGUGGGAAGCCAUCGGUCCCAUCAUCAGUGCCAUACAGCAGGAGAGCAUGGGGUCACCGCGUAACUCGUUAUCACCCAUCAACAACAACAACAGAAUCACAGUGUAGAUUGAUUAUCAACCAUCAACAACAACAGAAUCACAGUGUAGAUUGAUUAUCAAUCAUCAACAACAACAGAAUCACAGUGUAGAUUGAUUAUCAACCAUCAACAACAACAGAAUCACAGUGUAGGUUGAUUAUCAACCAUCAACAACAACAGAAUCACAGUGUAGGUUGAGUAUCAACCAUCAACAACAACAGAAUAUCUGCAUGGAUUGUAAGGAAAUAGUUAUCACCCAUCAAAAACAACUGAAUCACAGUGUAGAAUGUCCAACCCAUCAACAACAGAAUAGCGGAGCAGAGUUUAUGGUUGUCAACCAUCAACAACAACAAAAUCAGGGUGUAAAUUUAUACCCAUCAACAACAACAGAAGAACAGCAUAGACUGUGAUGGAUACCAAAUGUAACUUGUUAUCCCCCAUCAACAACAACAGAAUCAGUGCGUAGGGAUAGGUUUCUGUCUCCCCCCCCCCUUCACCCAGUUCUUUCAUUCUAUCAUCUACAGUUAAGUUGAUUUGAAUGAGCCUUCUUCUGGGGAAACAUGGUUUAAUGCAUAUGAGUGUUGUCCCACAUUAGCCUGUGCAGUCAGCACCGGUUAAUUUGGGAUAAUACUUUAGACACAUUAAUUUAACCCCACAAGGAAUCGCUUUCUGAGAAAACUGGGCAUAAUGCAUGUGUGUAAAGUGUUGUCCCAGAUUAGCCUGUGCAGUCCGCACAGGCUUAUCAGGGACGACACUUUCCGCUUUUAUGACAUUUUUCGUUUAAAUGUAGUCUCUUCUUAGCAAAAAUCCAAAUAAGGCGGAAAGUGUCGUCCCUGAUUAGCCUGUGCAGAUCGCACAGGCUAAUCUGGGACGACACUUUACGCACAUGCAGUAUGCCCAGUUUCUCAGAACACAACUCAAACUAUUGUAUCUGAUACAACAUUGGUGAUUACCUGCCACAUUUUUACAUUCAACCCUCGUCAUGCAUUUGGCCCCACUCAAAGUCAGGUCAGUUAUCAGUCAGACAAUGUUUUUGUCAAUUAUUUUUCUUGUUAAAAGCCUUAAUGUUGGUGUGUGAAAAUACAUGUUGAUUCCCUGUGUUUGACUGGUUCAAUAUUCUGCAUUUGUUAAUAAAUGUGUUCUUCACACUUAUGUUAAGAAUGUCUAAAAUUAGUUUCACUGAUUUGAGCCGGUCUCUGGAAACCAGGCUCAAUGCAUGUGUGUUAAGAAUGGUCACAGGUUAAACUGACCUGUCCUCACAGGCUAAUCAGGGAUGACACUUUUUGCCUAGACUUUGUUUUUUGGGUUCAGAAGAGACUUUCUUUUAAUGAUAAAUUCUAUUCAAGAAUCUGGUUACCCUGAUUAGCAUGUGCGGGCUGCUCAGUCUAAUCUGAGAUGAUAUUUUGCGCAAAUGCAAUAAGUCUGGUUUUCCCAGAGAUUAACUCAUCUUAUUGCUCAUAGUUUGAUUUUCCUUACAGUAAGGUAAUGCAAAGAGUAUGUUUUAUAUGUGGUUAUUUUAGUCAAAAUAGAAAACCACAUGAUAAAAUACUGUUGCUGCACAAUGUUAUGUAAAAUAUUCAAACAUUGUUAUAUAAAAAAUCCUACAAAAGUUUUAUCAUUUUAAAUUUGAGACAUUUGCUGAACAUUUUGUUAAGCAUUUUAUCUAUCAGAUAUGUCAAGUGCAAGUUUAAGAUCUGCUUAAAAUAUCUGUUUAAUGUCUGUUAAAUGUCUGUUAAAAAAAAGUUUACCCUGAAAUUCAGUUUUGAUCACAUCUUUUGUUUUGUUUGUAUGUUUCUUGCAACUUGAUGCCCUUCUUUGAUCUACCUUAUAUAGAUUUACCUGAUUUUUACUAGAUUUAGCUGUUUCAUUUUGCAUCAACAACUCAUACAAUGUUUGGUUACUGAAAUAGUAGUUGUGUGUUAUCAUUCCCAAUCCUUCAUAUUAACAGACUGUGGCCUUUGUUAACAUUUGGACCAAUAUUUAUCCCUUUCCCCCAUUAAAGCAAAGUGAAAAUGGCUUUUGCAACCAGCAUAAAACCAGAACAGCCUGCAAGUAACUCUCAGUCUGUUCAGGUUGUAUGCUGUUUGCUGCUCAUUAGUAACUAAGGGUUGGAAAUGAAGAAUUUAAAACUUGAAUUUAGUAUUACAGGUCUUUGAAUAAAUUUAACUUUUUAAGGGACUACAAAUGCGUCAAAAUACGUAUCUAAAUGGUAAAAGGGAUAAUUAUUCUAGUAAGCUAUUUUUCGGUAAACUUUUUUAUGUGUGGUAAACUGCCAACAUGACUUGUUAUAUGUUCAACAACACACAUUCUGAUACACUGCCUGUGUAAGACCACUCAAACAUAUCACCGAAUUUCACUUUUACCCUUGCCUACUAUAGAGGUCAGGGUCUGUGUUUUUUGUAUUCCUUAAAUAAGUGCUCAGUAAUGUUUUAACGUGCUGUAAAUCUUUUAUGAAGACUUUAAAGUUUUCUCAAUUACUUGUUGGCUUGUAAUUGAUAGUGUUGUGUUUUCCUAGAUGUUAACUGUUAAUGAUUAUUUGGAAUAUUAGCAAUAUGUGUUGUUGUUAUCAAACAUGUGUAAAUGGCUUCAGAGAGUUGCAUUAUUUUUAAUCAAAUUGAUGAUAUAAUUUAUGAAAAAGUUUUUUUCAUAGGUACAUUUGUGUAAAAUCUCCUUCUUAUCGCUGAUAGUUUUAAAGGGACUGUAUCUGUUUCAGAUUUUAAUAUUUGAGUCUCAUUCUGGGAAAACUGGGCUUAAUCCAUUGCAUGCUGGGAAAUUUGUCGUCUGCUAAAAUGUCGUAUGCAGAAUUUCUAAAAUUAGCAUUUUCUUCUAUUUUUUCAAAGAAUACUAUCAGAAUAGCAAACAGUUUGGAUCCUGAUGAGACGCCACGUUCUGUGGCGUCUCAUCUGGAUCCAAACUGUUUGCAAAGGCCUUUAAAAUUCGGUUCCCGCACUGAAAGGGUUAAAUCAUGUACUUUUAAGUGUUGACCCAGAUAAGCAGGUGCAGUCUGCACAGGCUGAUCUAGGAUGACACUCUUGCUUUUAUGGAUUAUUUAUUUAUUUAAUGUUUAUGUUAAGUAUCUUUAAUACAAAAAUUCACUCAAUGCGAAAGUGUUCUCCCUGCCUGAUAAGCCUGUGCGGACUUCACAGGCUUAUCUAUGAUGACACUUUAUGCACAUGAGUUAAGUGCUGUUUUCACAGAGCGAGACACAUAUAUAUACAUUUGAGGAUUUGUCUGAUUUGUUUUAUGUUAAAUGUUAGUUUGUCAGUCCUUUUGUGUUAAUCAGCAAUAACUAUUAAUUUAUUUUGAUUCAAUAUUAACAUAGUGUUUUGGAACCCUUAAUGUCAGUGAAAACAGUGUGUUGUAAUAUUUGAAAUUUGUUCAAUUUUGUGCCUUGUGGGGUCACUUUUGUGAAUAUUCUGAAUUUUUUACCAGCCUGAUGCAAUAGAAAAUUUAGACAAUUAAUACUAAUUAUGUGCAUCACUCUGUGAAAACUGGGCUUAAUGCAUGUGUGUAAAGUGCUGUCCUAGAGUAACCUUUGCACUCCACACAGAUUCACCAGGUUAGAUACCGUUACUUGCAGCUUUGAUUGAGUUUUUUUUUAUUGAACGAACAUCUUAUAAACAAAACCCCAGUGUUGGCAGAAAGGGUCAGCCCUGAUUAGCUGUACUGGGACAACACUGUAUGAGCAUGCAUGAAGCCCAGUGUUACCCGAAAGUAGCUAAUUUACAUGUAUAACCCACAUAGUAAGUGUGCCAUUAAAUAACAGAAAUACUACAUAUGUCAAUACAGUUGUUGUAAGGAUAAAGGCUUGGCGUUUUAGUUGGUUAAUGUGUUUAACCCUUUGAUAUGUAUUUUGACGCAUUUUUGGUCCCUUAAAAAGUUAUUGUGACUAUUUUCCCCUACCGGUGAACUUAUGGUUUGCAUUCUGUCAGUCAGUUCGUCACACUUUUCUGGAUCCAACGAUAACUUUAAGAGUUCUUAAUAUUUUUUCAUGAAACAUAAACCAUGGAUAGAUGGCAAUAUGGACACUAUGCACGUCAUUUCAUUUUGUUCUUACAUCAAAAAUUAUGGUUGCUAUGGCAACAAAUAGAUUAGAAAUACUGCUGAAAAGGGUGGUUUUUUGGAUCCUGCGAUAACUUUAAAAGUUCUUCAUAUUUUUUCAUGAAACUUAAAACAUGAAUAGAUGGCAUUAUGGACAUUAUGCACAUCAUUUCAUUUUGUUUCUUCGUCAAAAAUUCUGGUUUCUAUGGCAACAAAUAAAUUUAAAAAAUCUGACAAUGGUGGAAUUUCUGACAAUGGUGGAGCCGGUAGGGGACAUAUAUUGCUUGGCAAUAGUCUUGUUUUUAAUUAAAGGCCUUUCUUACUACAUGUAGAUUUAAAUUUUAAUGGUUUCUUAUCAAACCCUUAAAUACUGAUUAGCAGCAAACAGCAUAAAACAUGAACAGACUGCCAGUUACUCGAAGGCGGUUCUGAUUUUAUGCUGUUUGCACAAAGCCAUUUUCCCUUUGCUUCUAAGUGGGAAAUGGUCAAGUUACCUGUUCACAGAUUGAGAAACUUACAAUUUUACGUUUGUGUCUAAUUUAAAUAUUUGACAUAGACAAAUCGUUUACAUAUAGAUAUAAGUUAUACUGUUUGUUAUUGUCAAUUUACUGAACUAUUCCUAUUGGUAGAAGUGACAAAAUAACGUUAUUUAAUGGCAUACUUCAAAAUGUACAGAAUUAUAUGAACAAGUCGGUUAAGAUCAGGCUUAAAACUUGCUGUAAAAAAUGCUUAUCUGUUUUUGUUUGUUAUAGAAUUAAAAGAUUAGUACUUAUUUAAUUAAUUUAAUUAAGUUUGAUAUUUGCAAAGUUGUAUGGUUAGGAAAGUUAAUAGAUUUAUUAGAUAUUUACAGUAUUAAGUCAAAAUAAUAUAAAGACUAAAGUAGCAAGAUCGUAUUGAAUCAAAUUAAUCUGUUAAGUUUGAAUUUUGAAAAGUUUGUAGGUUACAUAAGUUUAUUGUUUAUUUGAUAUUAGUAGGAUAUCUACAGUAUUGUAUUAGAUAUUCAUAGUCAAAAUGAUAUAUAUGUAUAGACAAAAAUAGCAAAAUGUUAUUUAAUCAAAUUAUUUUGCUAUUUUUAGUGUUGAAAUCGAUUUUAAAGAGCAGCAAUUAGUGCUACCAGUUAUUGUAAAGCAAUACAUACUUGUGAUUUUAUUUGUAAAUUAAUGUCCAUAAUUAUGCAAUAUAUGUUCCCAUGGUAAUGUAUUUGCAGCAGUGUUCAGUAUGCUAGUCAUUCAUAUAAGAGUUACGCAGUAGUUUAGUCCUGGUCUUGCAUUAAUCAAUCUUACACCUCACAUUGUUUGCAGUAUUCUCAACUGUUGUGCAUAAAAAUUUAUGAAUUGCAUUAAGUUUAAAUUCAGAAAUCUGAGUUUGGAAAAAUUGAAUAAAUUAAAAAAAUACUUGCAAGCUCUUGAAACUUUCCUGUCAUUAUUAUUAGUUUAAAUUCUUAUAAUUCCAUAACGUAUAUUGCAAUUAAUUUCCAAAAACAUGGAAAAAUGAUGUAGACCUAAAGUUUAUAAAAAAUACAAAUUUGACUAAUUGUUAUUACUGUGAAAAAAAUAGGAAAAAAAUAAGUUUUGAUGUUCCUUGUUAACUCCUGUAUGAGUGAAAAAUGUUAUAUCAGAAGUGUUUUUAUAAAAAAAGUGCUUGCCCUGUUUAAUUGUGAGUGGUAUUUAGGUACUGUCCAUAUCAUACUGUGAUGCUUGAUGUGUGAGAAUCUGUCUCUGACAUAGUACCUUUUCAACCUUAACUGGAACGUUGUUUAGAAGAAACUUCAUUUACAUGAAAAAUUCCAUCAAGCGGAAAGUGUUGUCCUUGAUUAGCCAGAACUGACAGCAUGACACUUUAUGCACAUGCAUUAAGCCCGGUUUUCCCUAGCACUGCUUAUUUUUCUUCCAUUAUAAAAGUCUAUAAUUAUCAUUAUUAAAAAAUAUGUUUUGUUUAAAACUUAUAUAUUUGUAUAUAAACAGAUAUAAGAAUAUUGCUUGCAUGUUCUUUUAUUAGUUCUUCUGUGCUGCUGUACAAGUUUAUUUCCGUAUUCCUUGUAGCAUAUCUAGUUGUUUUUAUUAAUAUGCAUGUAUGCAUUUCCAAUUUCAAUGUCUAUGUACAAUUCCAGCGUCUAGUUGUAAUCAAGUUAUAUGCUGUAUACAAUUUGUUCAUGUCCGUUUGUCUCUAGAAAGUGAUAACACUUCAAGAAUGCCAUAUUUGUUUUUUUCCAUCUCCUCAUUGCAUUCAAAGAAUUAUUUUAACCAUUUUCAUGUUCAUUCUGAUUUUUAAAUACGGGGCUCUGUCUUAUAGUCAAUCCUUAUAAUCAAGACAGUACCGUAACAAUAUGCGACCAAUAUGUAAAUAAGCUUAAUUGCUGUAUGGAAUAAAUGCUAUUGAUUUAUAGGCCAUGUUAUUUCAAUAAGUAAUAUGAAUAAUUUAGACAAUCACCUGGUAUUUGUUAAUUACAUUUUGAACGAAUCUGUUGCUGUUGUCUGCAAUAAUUUAAUGCAAUAUGUAGAUUGUUUCUGUAUUGGUAAUGUUCAUUUCUCAUUUGAGUUUGUUUGUAUUUUAAACAUUUAUAAAGUGUGUAUUUUCUAGCAGUGUGUAUAGAAAUUUUGAAAUUAAUGCAGAUUGUUCGACUAAAAAAAAGAUAUAAAAUCACUCUGUCAUAACAUAGGAUAUGGACUGCUUAAUUUUUCGUAUACAAUGUUUAUUCCCACUUCAUAUAUGAGCACUUUGCUUUAGUUUUUAACCAAUAUUAUAUGAAUUACUUCUUUGGUAUUUAAGCUAUUAAACAUUCCAUAUGAAUUAUAUUCGACGGGUUAUUGCGAUGUAUGUUGUUAAUUUAUAUUAUUUGUUGAAGAUGUUAAAUAAGAAAUAAAACUUAGUACAAACAUACACAA